UAGCCCGUGUUGCGCUUGCGCGGCCCGUUCAAACUUCGUAGUGCGCGGGGUGGCCUAGUUUUGGAGGGCCGAACUAAUGGGCCAGGAACCUCCGAAUCUGUCCCCUGCUGGCUCCGCGCUGUCGCCCCGGCCGCUAGACCUUUUCCUGGGGUUUCUGCGUCUCCGUCUGCUGCGAGCCCCGAGCCUCCGUCGGUGCCCCGCCUCCUCGCGCCGUUGCAGGCUUGGGAUUCAUCCUCCGCCCGCCUGCGCAGGCAGAGCGGAGCCGGAACAUGGCGGCGUCAGGCCUGGAUCAUCUCAAAAAUGACUACCGAAGAAGAUUUUGCCGACCUUCCAGGGUACCUGACAUUAAUACUAACCAAAACCAGAACAUGCUGGAAAUCUUACAAAACUGCUUUGAAGAAAAAAGUCUCUUUGAUGAUAUUAUUACAAAUUCUACAAAAUCAGUGCUUUAUUCAACACCCAAAAUGAAAAACAGUUGUACUGAGUCAUCAGGCAAAGAUUGCCAGAAAUCACAUCCAAGGUCAUUUCCAGUUUCUUCAAGAGAGAAAGAAGCCUCUCUACAAGGCAUUGUAGAACCCAAUGAAGCUGCCAGCGAAUCAGUUCAGGCUCAUGAAAUUUAUCAGAAAGUUCUGGCAGCUGAUGUUUGCUCUAAAAGAACACCUGACUUAACAAAAAACUCAGGUAAAAAACUAAAUGUUCUUUGUGCUGAAGCUGAUGAAGAAUUUUACAUAUCGGUUGGAUCGCCAGCUGUUCCUUUGCACGAAAAACCAUCUAAAUCGCAAAAUGAUAUUUCAUCUGCUCAAAAGAGAGAAACUUAUACUUUUGGAAAUUCAGUAAAUAUGCUGUCGUCAAGGACAGAGAUUUCUCUUAAAACCAAAAAAAGGUUAAACUUUGAAGAUAAAGAUAUUUUGAAAAAAGUAGAGAGAGAGACUAAUAAGUCAGAAGUAGAAGAUAAAAUAUCAGGACAAGAAGAAAGGAAACUAUCAGAAACAUCUCCAAAAAGAGUACAAGAUACGGAAUAUGAAAUUCAAUCACAAACUAAAAAGAGUUUUUCAACAUUGUUUUUAGAAACUGUAAAGAGAAAAGGCGAACCCAGUCCCAUUGUUAGGCAUACAGCAUCGGCUCCAUCUCAUUCAUCUCCUCCAAAUGUUACAAAGUUGUUGGAAGAUGAAUUUAUAAUCGAUGAGUCAGAUAGAAGUUUUGUCUCUCAGUCUUGGAUUACAAUACCAAGAAAGAGUAGACCUUUGAAACAACAUACAAUAUCCUCUGUUGAGAGUACUGCAGUCCUUCAAUGUAAGAAGGCAAGAGAACAUGAGAGUGUAUUACCUGUGACUCUGACAAAUGACAAACAUUUACAUAAAACUCACCCAGAAGAGAAAUCUGAGCCCCCUAAUGAAAAGAAACCAAGUACAAGUUGUACUUUGAUAGAUGAAUUGGAAAAUUCUGAGAAAGCUGAAAAACCAUCUGGAAACAAAAGAACUACAAAGCAAAAACAGAAAAGAAAAUUGAAGACUAUUGUAGUUGAAGAACAGCUUGAUACAGGACAGUCUAAUGAUGAAAAUAUGUCACAUAUUGCCCAUGACAAGUUACCAGGAAAUUCAAACAGAACUAUUGAAGGUUGUGGAGAGAUGAGAAAUGGUCACAAUGCCAAAAAAGAGAUGCCUCCUGUGGAACAUAUGAAAACAAAAUGUAGCACCAAAAAAGACAAGAAAGAAUCCAGAAAGAAGCAUUUUUCCAGUGAGUCUAAGAGGAAAAAAAUUGUACCUGAAGAAAUAACUUCAACUGUCACAAGAAGUCACAGAAUUUCCAGGCGUCCAUCUGAUUGGUGGGUGGUAAAUGCAGAGGAAAGUCCUGUUCAUAGCAAUUCAGUAAAAAAUGAUGUAUCGGUGUAUCACAGCACUAGGCAAGAACCUGCUAAGAAAACAAAUCAGUCAUCUAAGAAAAUUGUGAAAAAAACUAUUCUAUCAAAAAGACAGAAGGCAUCUACUCAAGGCAACUCAAGAGUACAAAAGCUUUUAAAUGUUAAAGGUUCUCGAAGUAUUUUUGACCUUGAUGAAGUUUCCAGUUGUCCGCAGAAUGAGCCAUUGGAAAAUGCCCAGAUAGACCUGAUUAAGAAAAAAAACCUUGAUUGUUCCAGAACAACAGGACUCUCCAAAGAUCAAGAUGUUAUUAUGUCCACAGAGAAUGUUCAUCUAAAGUCUCCGACCAGUGAAGAUACAUGUAGGACACCAGUAGAGGCACCAGUGGAUUCUGGAGAGUCUGAAACUUCAGUUUUAGAAGAAAGUGGACCUUCUAGGCUGAAGAAUUAUUUAAUAUCUGGAAAGAAUAAUUCUGAUGUGAAUAAUGCAGUUCAAGAAAAUUUAGCUGCCUCCAAGGCCCACUGCUAUGAGAAAGUUUUCAACAAAGACGAUUUGAGAGUAAAAAGAUACAAAGUGGCAUCAAGGAAUGAAAUGCAUCAUAAAUUAGUAUUACCCUCCAACACACCAAAUGUUCGCAGGACCAAGAGAAUACGUUCAAAACCUUUGGAAUACUGGCGAGGAGAACGAGUAGAUUAUCAAGAAACACCAUCAGGAGGACUUGUGAUUGGUGGAAUACUAUCCCCAGAAACAGUAAUAUCUAAACGGAAGGCAAAAGGAAACGUGGGAAAAGACAACAAAAUAGAUAAUAGGAAAAGGAUCUGUCUCGAUAACGUUGAAAAAAAAAGUAAAUUAGUGGUAAAUCUGGGAAUACCCUUAGGAGAUCCUUUCCAGCCAACUCAAGUAAAGGACCCAGAAACAAGAGAGAUUAUUUUCAUGGAUCUUAUAAGGCCACGAGAUACAUACCAAUUUUUUGUUGAGCAUGGCAAGUUAAAAGUAUAUAAAACAUUGGACACACCCCUUUUUUCUACUGGGAAAUUGAUAUUAGGACCCUAUGAAGAAAAGGGAAAGCAGCAUGUUGGUGAAGAUAUACUGGUUUUUUAUGUUAAUGUUGGUGACCUUUUGUGUACCUUACAUGAAACACCUUAUGCGAUAACGACUGGGGAUUCAUUCUAUGUUCCUUCAGGUAAUUACUACAACAUCAAAAAUCUCCUGAAUGAGGAAAGUAUACUUCUUUUUACUCAAAUAAAGAGAUGAAACGACGAGGCAAAUUUAAAUAGGGGUAUAUGUGGUGUGUGUGUGUGUGUGUGUGUGUGUGACAUGUAUAUAUAU